UUCUCCUCCGGUGGAAAGCCACGUCCGGCAACUCGCACAAGAGGCCUCCCCCACUCCAACCCCGCCCCGCCCCGGGCCUUUUACUUCAGGUACCUGGCGUUUCUCUUCGGAUGAAGGACCCCAGGCCGGAAGAGGAUGAUCACGGCUGCUCUGAAGAGAUUUUGGUCCCGAGGCCGUGAAGAAGCGGGCGUUGAGGCUGGAAAUGCGGCCGCGGCAGUGAAGCCAAGCGUGUGGGCGCGGCUGGGCGACUGGGCCCGCGCGCUGCUCCGGGACUACGCAGAGGCUUGCCGGGACGCUGUGGCUGCGGCGCGGGCUCGGCCCGGGCGCGCGGCAGUGUACGUGGGGCUGCUGGGCGGGGCGGCAGCCUGCUGCGCCUUGGCGCCGAGCGAGGCGGCCUUCGAGGAGGCGCUGCUCGAUGCGUCAGGGACUGUCCUACUGCUGGCGCCGGCCACGCGCAACCGCGACUCCGAAGGUUUCGUGCAGCGGCUCCUCUGGCUGCGGGGCCUUGGUCGCCUGCGCCAUGUGAAUCUGGGGCUCUGCUCGCUCGUGUACGAGGCGCCCUUCGACUCCCAGGCCAGCCUGUACCAGGCCCGCUGCCGCUACCUGCAGCCCCGCUGGGUCGACUUUCCCGGCCGAAUCCUGGAUGUGGGCUUUGUGGGCCACUGGUGGGUACUGGGCGCCCGAAUGCGCGACUGCGACAUCAACGAUGACGAGUUUCUGCAUCUGCCGGCACACUUGCGCGUCGUCGGACCCCACCAGCUGCACUCCGAGGCCAACGAGCGGCUCUUCGAUGAGAAGUACAAGCCUGUAGUGCUCACCGACGAUCAGGUGGACCAGGCGCUGUGGGAGGAGCAGGUGUUGCAAAAGGAGAAAAAGGACAGACUUGUCCUGAGCCAGGCCGACUCGCUGGUGCAGUCGCAGGUCGCAAGAUGAAACCCAGUGAGGCGUGAGGCGUGAGGCCUGACUGGGGUCUGAGCCCUGGCCAGAAUGUGCAGUUGAUGAGAGUGAGACACAGACAAAUUAUAUGCACUGUUUUCUCGAUGCUGCUGUUGAAAACAAGUUUGGGGAGCUAGACUCCCUAUCUCUUUGUUCCUUUUAGCGAAGCUAGUUCAGUCUUGUUGGUCUAGGAAUUGGAUAGAGCAGAGUUGCCUAUGUAAUGUUUAUCACUGCCAGAACUAGUAAUGAGCCUUUUACAUACGCCUUUUUCUGUCUGGGAGUGCAGUAGUUCAGGCGGUAAAGCACUUACCCCCAGCAUGCCUAAAGCCCUGGCUUGGAUCCCCUCUAUCACAAAAACAAAAGAAAAAUACUUCAUCCUUUCUCACCGUGAGACACAAUCCCCUUGACAGAGGUACUACAUUGGUCAGGUGACUCCCAAACUCUCUUCUAAGACCAUUCAUAUUUUCUUUUUUUAUUUCUGUGUGUUUCCCUCCUUUUGUUCUUUUUUAUGAGUAACGUUUUGUUUUGAUUUUUAAAAUAUUUUGAGUCAGGUGGUGGUACACACCUCUAUAUGAGCUAC